GUGCCGUGACGUGCCUCGCGGGCUGUCCUCGGGCGCGCCUUUCUUCGCUCAGCAGGUCUCUGAAGUCCACGUCGCUGACCGGAGGCGGCGUUGUCGGCGGCGAGCGGGUCUCUGCGGCCUAGAAAAAUUGUGCAAAAAUGUCUCUGUACCCAUCUCUUGAAGACCUGAAGGUAGAUAAAGUAAUUCAGGCUCAAACUGCCUUUUCUGCAAACCCUGCCAACCCAGCAAUUCUGUCAGAAGCUUCUGCUCCCAUCUCUCAAGAUGGAAGUCUCUAUCCUAAAUUGUAUCCGGAGCUUUCUCAGUACAUGGGCCUCAGCUUAAAUGAAGAAGAAAUACAUUCAAAUAUGGCCAUGGUCCCUGGAACACAAGUUCAGGGGCAGCUGGUAGCAAGACCUUCUAGUAUGAACUAUAUGGUGGCUCCUGUAACUGGUAAUGAUGUUGGCAUUCGUAGAGCAGAAAUUAAGCAAGGGAUUCGUGAAGUCAUUUUGUGUAAGGAUCAAGAUGGAAAGAUUGGGCUUAGGCUCAAAUCAAUAGAUAAUGGUAUAUUUGUUCAGCUCGUCCAGGCAAAUUCUCCAGCCUCGUUGGUUGGUCUGAGAUUCGGGGACCAGGUACUCCAGAUCAAUGGGGAAAACUGUGCUGGCUGGAGUUCUGAUAAAGCACACAAGGUGCUCAAGCAGGCUUUUGGAGAGAAGAUCACUAUGACAAUUCGUGACAGGCCCCUUGAACGGACAAUUACCAUGCAUAAAGAUAGUACUGGCCAUGUUGGCUUUAUCUUUAAAAAUGGAAAAAUAACAUCCAUAGUGAAAGAUAGUUCUGCAGCCAGAAAUGGUCUUCUUACAGAACAUAACAUCUGUGAAAUCAAUGGACAGAAUGUCAUUGGAUUGAAGGACUCUCAAAUUGCAGACAUACUGUCAACAUCUGGAACUGUAGUUACUAUUACAAUCAUGCCUGCUUUUAUCUUUGAACAUAUUAUUAAACGGAUGGCACCAAGCAUUAUGAAAAGCCUGAUGGAUCACACCAUUCCUGAGGUUUAAAAAGUCAAGGCACAGUGGAAACAUGGUUGAACUUCUCCAGUUACUUCUUUGGCAACUUAACUUUAUAUUAUGCACAUGAAGCUUUCUAGGAGCCAGAGAGCAUAUGCUGCAUGAGGACCUUUCUGUCUUACAUUAUGGCUGGGAAUCUUACUGUUUGAUCUAAUAUCUUGUUCAGACUUUUAGAUAGUUGUAGCCUUAUCCUGGUUUUACAGAUGUGAAACUUCGUGAAAAGAUUUGCUUUCAUGGUUUUGUAGUUUCUUUACUGGGAGCCUGUCGCUUUUACAAGCCAUUAUGAUUAGGAUGACUGAUAGGAGAUUAGCUUUGUGUUAGACCAGUCACCUUUAUCCUAGAUACCAAGUAGGCUCUUCAUAUUACUUUAAUUCUAUGGUAUAUUUACAUUUUUACUGCAUUACUAUAGUACAUUUAGAAUGAUUCUUUUUGACUUUUUUUUUUUUUUAGUUUUGUGUGUAUGUAAAACACCAAUCAAGUAACACUGGUUUCAUUCCAUUUAAGCAUUAUACAGUGUAUGUAGGUUGCAAGAGAUUGUUAUCAUUGAAAUCAUUAAAUUUUAACUACCUUCCUUAAUAUGCUUGAACUGUCGCCUUAACUAUGUUAAGCAUCUAGAAUAAAAGCCAAAAUAUAUUGCUGCCUUUCUAAAACCCAAAAUGCAGUUCUGUAUUAAACUGAAAUGUACUACUAGCCCAGAACAAUUUCAUGGUACAUACCAAGCUAUAGUAUAGCUGCUUUGUUGCAUUUGAUAUUUUCUAGUCAUUGUAUAAUGCAAACUUCUUCUAAAAGUUAUCAGUAUCACUUUCUGAGAAAUGAAUCACUAUAUAUUUAAUGUAAAAAUUCCUAGACUAAAUAGGAUAAACUUUUGACUCCCUUUUUUCACUUGUAGGUCAAGUGGGGUAAUAAUCUCAUUUGGCUUUUAACUCUUAACAUUAUGUAACCUAGCUAAUUUGAGAUGGUGUUAGAAUGUUUUCCUGAUGAUUUGUUCCAUUUCCUGACUCCUCCCUGCAAACAAAAUGGCAGUGACAUUUUAUCCUAAUUUUUUUUUUGUAUGCCUCUUCUAUUUUAAUUAAAUAUGUAUAAAUAAAGUUCAGUUUUAGUC